AACCUGAAGGAGCAGCUGGCGAGACAUAGCACUGCUUCAAACAGCAAACUGUCUCUGUCCAAACCAAAACCUGGGACAUUUUCCUUUAAAAAGAAGACCUCGUCAGGUUUAACAAAAGUAGAGGUUCCUAGCAAGAUUGAGGGACCUGAAAAGUCCAAAAUCAACAACUACUUCUCUAUGAGUUCAAAAGACAAGUCAAACUCAAUCAGUCCAGCAGCCACCACAGCCCCAUGUGCUUCACCAGUCCCUGAUAUUAAAGUCACAACAGCGCCACCGACUGACAGCCAGGUCAGUGGUGGGAAAAACACCUCUGUUGAUCUGGAUUCAUCUGUUGGAUUCCCAAUAGACAACUGGGAUGAUUUUGAUGACUUUGAAAUCCCUGCCAAAACAAAGAAUGACUCGUUUGGUUCGGAAAAAUCUGGCAACAGCACCACGCAGGUGUCGAAAGCUGUGGACGAAAAAACAGAAGUGACAGCGAGGGGAAGGCUGGUCACCUCUUCUAAGAACACUACAUCUAAAAGUGACUCGGAGGAUUUGUGUCAACUCGAAGUCAACGAGGAUAAAAAUGCUGCUUCACCAGGACCUAGCUUUGACCUGGAUCCUGAGGAUUUACUGGGAGACUCCCCGGUUUUGCCCACAAGACGAAGACGUUCCGUUGCUAAGGUGAAAUCUGUUGUCAAUGAAAGUGAAGACGAGGGCUUCAACCUUGUGUCUGAACCUUCUAAAGAACCCAGAGAGCACAAAGAAAAGACAGAGUCCACAGUAAUAGAGCUUGACAACCUGUCGGAGACCGAAGAUGACCUGGAUUACAUUCCGCCCUCGCCAGUAUCUGAUGGCAUCACCCCUGAAUCAUCUUUUGUGAAGACAAGAUCCAAGCCAGUUGAAGCUGUAAGUGGAAAUAGUAAAGUGUUUUCCAAGGGACCCACCAACAGCGUGGCUGAAACCUCUGCUCCACGUUCUGAAGUGAAGACAUAUGAUGAGCUUUUCAAUGUCAUGGAGUCCAUUUGUUGUCUGGUUGAUUCCAUUCCUGAUCAUGAACUAAUAGGCCUGACUUGUGGAAGUGAGCUUUUGAUGAAGAGGGCUCUACGGAAGAGGAUUAUUGCCAAGGGAGGUGAUGCUUUGUUCAGGAAGCAGCAGCCAGACAGCACUGUGAUUUCUGAACCCAGCGUUAAACACAGAUGUGAUGCUUCCAGUAUCUUGUCUCACAGCAGCCUUUUUCCCACGGCCUCCAAAAAACCCCUUCACCCUCAGAGGUCUUCAGUAAUCUCCCUGGAUUAUGACUCGGACCACUCCGACAGUCUCAUCGAUCCAGAGCCUUUUCACACUACAACAAGAACUGGGAAACAGCACCUGGAGAACAAUAUCCAGAGUCCGUCUGAUCACGUCUCUGCUACGCCGUCCUUUAACUUCUCAAAGGAAACCUCUAAACCUGUGAACAGUUCGGCGCUUUUUUACUCGCCCAAAAGGGAUUCGAACUCUCCAACUACUACUGCGGUUCUACAAGAACCAGAGCCAGGACUGGAUGACUUUGACUUUGAUGACUUCGACAUAGACGACUUUAACGACUCCGAUAUCCCGGGCUAUUUUGACGAAGCUCCUCCCUCGUCGUCUGCGUCGGCGCGAAACUCCAUCUCUGUGUCUAGUGCGAGGAAAGAUGGAGGGCCGCGCAAGUCUGCGUGGGAGAACAAACCAACAACUCCUGUGUCUGCCCCCAAACCACAGAUCUCCUCCCCUGAGCCCAACUACAGAAACCCAGCCCACGAUCGGUUCCGAGCCUUCAACUUCCCUCACUCGCAGGAGAUGAUGAAUAUCUUCCACAAGCGCUUCGGUCUUCAUCAGUUCAGGUUCAAUCAGCUGGAGGCCAUCAAUGCUACGCUGCUGGGAGAAGACACGUUUGUUUUGAUGCCCACAGGCGGUGGGAAGAGUCUGUGUUAUCAGCUGCCAGCCUGUCUGUCCUCAGGCGUCACCGUGGUCGUCUCGCCGCUGAAAUCUCUCAUCGUGGACCAGGUCCAGAAACUCACCACGUUGGCAAUUCCAGCAACAAGUUUGUCUGGUGAUAAAAGUGACAGCGAAGCAGCAAGGAUUUACAUGCAGCUCUCCAGAAAAGACCCCAAUUUUAAACUGCUCUAUGUCACACCGGAGAAGUUGAGUGCUAGUAACAGGCUGAUCUCAGCACUUCAAAACCUGUACGAGCGCGGCCUGUUGGUGCGGUUUGUCAUAGACGAGGCUCACUGUGUCAGUCAGUGGGGCCACGACUUCCGUCCAGACUACAAGAAGUUGCAUGAACUUCGCCACAAGUUCCCCAGUGUGCCGAUGAUGGCGCUGACCGCCACGGCCACUCCUCGUGUCCAGAAAGAUAUUCUCAACCAGCUAAAUAUGUCCAAGCCACAAGUGUUUACCAUGAGUUUUAACCGGACAAACUUGAAGUAUUCUGUGUUGCCCAAGAAACCCAAAAAGGUGGACGAGGACUGCACCAACUGGAUCAAGAAGUACUACCCACGAGAUUCUGGAAUAGUUUACUGUCUGUCCCGUAACGACUGCGAUGCCAUGGCAGAGAGUCUGCAGAGAGCGGGAAUAUUAGCGUUGUCCUAUCACGCUGGGCUGAAAGACAGUGACAGAGAGUAUGUGCAGAGUAAGUGGAUCAAUCAGGACGGCUGUCAGGUCAUCUGCGCCACCAUAGCCUUCGGCAUGGGCAUUGACAAGCCUGAUGUGCGCUACGUGAUCCACGCCAGUCUGCCGAAAUCAGUGGAGGGUUACUACCAGGAGUCGGGCCGAGCCGGCAGGGAUGGAGAGAUCUCUCACUGCAUCCUCUUCUACUCCUACAGUGACGUCCACCGCAUCAAGAGGAUCAUAGGCAUGGACAGAGAAGGGGACCAACACACCAAAUCCACUCAUUACAACAACCUCCACAGCAUGGUGCACUUCUGCGAGAACAUGAUGGAGUGCAGGAGAAUUCAGCUGCUGGCUUACUUUGGAGAACUCAAGUUCAGGAGAAGUUUCUGCAAAGACCACCCUGACGUCAGCUGCGACAACUGCUCCAAACCCAACCAAUACAAGAUCAGAGACGUGACAGAAGAUGUGAAGAACAUUGUGAGGUUCGUCCAGGACAAGUGUGAGAAAGUCGGUGGGAGGUUUAAUAGGAGCGCUCAGCAGACCAGACUGACCCUCAACAUGCUGGUGGAUAUCUUUCUUGGGUCAAAAACAGCAAAGAUUCAGACAGGGUUGUUUGGGAUGGGCGGAGCCUACUCCAGACACAACGCUGACCGUCUCUUUAAGAAGCUGGUUCUUGAUAACAUCCUGGUUGAGGACCUGUACAUCACCAUCAACAGUCAGGCCGUGGCCUACAUCUCAGCUGGAGCCAAAGCCAUGAACGUGCUGUCUGGACACAUGCAGGUGGAGUUUUACGAGACGGAGAGCGCCUCCAGUGUCCGUAAACAGAAGGCUGCCGUGGCCAAGAACGUGUCCCAGAGAGAGGAGAAGGUUGAGGAGUGUUUGAAGGAGCUGACGGAUCUGUGCAAGCAGCUCGGCAAAGCCUUCGGCCUUCACUAUUUCAACAUCUUCUCCACUGCCACCCUGAAGAAGAUCGCUGAGAAGCUUUCCUCUGACCCUGGAGUUCUCCUGCAGAUUGAUGGUGUGACGGAGGACAAACUGGAGAAAUACGGAGGCGAAGUCAUUCAGGUCCUGCAGAAGUACUCACAGUGGCAGUUGCUGGAAGAGAAGCCGGACGGCGACGGCUGGAUAGACACGACGCGAGGACGCGCCAAUAUAGAUUAUGACGAUGAUGAGGAAGACGCAGACGCGUCCUCCUACUUCAGGGACCAGAGAGAACAGGGCCAGGGCCAGAAGAGGAAGAAAGCCCCGUUCUUUAACUACUCCAAGAAAAGAAAAGGACAAGGCUACAACGGCAACAAGUCAUGGUCGUCCUCCGGCUCCAGGGGUGGUUCUAAAGCCGCGGGGCGCGGAUCCAGAGGUUCAGCUGCAGGUGAUGCGGGAGUCAGGAGACCGGGGCUCAUGAGUGCACCGAUCCCUCAGAACAAUAACCGACCUUUCCUGAAGCCCGCCUUCUCACACGUGAGGUAGAACUGUUCACGCACUCGUUUCCGGGAACAGCCUGGGGUGUAAUUGUAAAUUGUAAUUCGUCUGUGUUCGUUUGUCUGUGUUUGUCCAGAACUUUUCAGCAGCUACUUUUGUUUUUCUACAUUAAACUAAAACUAAACCUUAAUUUUAAUGGCUUCUCUGACAUUUGAAGGUUUUUACUGGUUUGUGUUCCUUCACAAACGAACGCAGGAAGUCGUAUCACAAUGUUUUUUUUAUUCAGUGUUUAUUUACGUUUGAAUAGUUUUAGUUCAUGGCACCAGUUACCAAGGGGGGGACAAUUGGAGAAAAACUCUUAUUACUGUCAUACUGA